AAAUUAUUGAAGGGCCGCUUGCGGGCCGUGACAGCACGUUCAUUGUGGUCUUCGUCUUUUCGUACCCCCGUACAUUAAUUUGAAAAAACUUGGGAUCAUAGAGUUAUUGGAACUUUACAAGGGCCGCAGACAGAAUGCGGAAAAUAAACUCGCUGGUCGCGGUCAGCGGCCUUUAUGUGCAGCAAGCUUCUUCAAGUAAAUUGCGGUUCCGAGAUGACCCGGUGGGAAUACAAAAGGUGCGGGAGCUGCUGGAAAAAUUUAAAGAAACAGCCGUCGAGGAGGGGAAGGAAGCGGCAAAGUUGCAGGAAGAGAGUAUCGGAGGAAAGCCGGCGUUUUCUCCGAUUUUGAUGCCAUCCGACACAAGGUCGGACGGGGGAUUUUGAAAUUUAGAAAGAUUUCGGAACUUUCUUGCAUGCACGCGACAUGUUGAUCAGCAGAAGCCAAUCUUAUUAGCACCGCGCGAUCUUUUAGCUGCCCACUGCAAUAUACUUUUAGUUGCGAUGUCUCUAAAACACGGGCUGGUACCUCGUGUAGACACGAGUCGGAUAAAGCGCCGGUCUUUGUCGCUUCCAUUUCAAAAUCUUGCGCGUACAAGGAGCUAUUCGACAAGACCACUGCCGCAAUCACCACAUCACAAGGCGAGUACGAGGCCAAAGAGGGCGUCAGGCAAAAAGACCAAAGCAGGUGGGAAUUCUUAACCGCCGACGCAAAGUCAGAAGGUAGCAUCAAGUUUACAAAAGCUGCGAAGGCAAGUAAGGAACAGGAGCUGAGUACGCGCGGGAAAUAAACUUAGGGUACUUACUGCACCACGGCUCUCUUUUGACGAGGUGCAGAGCUGGUGCAGAUUUUAAGGCACUUGGCAUGAGUUCAAAAAGGAACCGAGAAAGUUUUACUUUUUGUCAUCCGCACUCUGGCAUCCAAUUGCAAUUUUGCAACUUUAUAUCGAUGUACAGCAAAUAAAGAAAGAAUAUAUGUGCUCGCCAUUGAUGGCAGCGCACACGCCAGCGGGACUCCCAUUUUCAGUGUUUCUCCCUUUGCAAAAAAGAGACUCACUUCUCAGUGGUGCAGUGUUUCUGUGUGAUAUUGUAAGACAAGCUGGAAGAGAAGAAGGUGAAGGAAGAGUUCGCCAUGAAGACCAUGGCUGAAGCGCAGGAAGGGGUACUUACUCUUACUUGUUUUUUGCGGUUGCAUUGAAAUUAUAUAUAAGAUGUACUACACGACAAUUUACAAAGUUAAAGUUUUGGAAUUUUGAUUUAAAAAGCGGGUUUUUUUUUGAACCUUCGUAUCUAUUGCGUGUCGCACCAGGAUGACUCUUAGGUCGUUGCUGGGGCAGUUUCUGGCUCUCCUUACGGCUGUGCUGUUGAACAAGAAGCUUGCCUUACACGGUACUAGGAUCUAUGUCGAAUGCAGGUUAUCCAAUAAAUCUUGCCCGCAUGACCUUAUGUCUUCUGUCUAUUUCCAAAACUACAGAUGGAUCUGAUCCAGCAAGCCAAGGACUCGCUGCAGGCCGCGACGGAGAGCGUGGACUCUCUGCAGGCGUUUUUGCAGGUGAAGCAGAAGCUGCGUGCGCUUUCCCUGCUGAAGGACGACGUGGAGCAGCCGGAGGUGCACAAGACCGGGCACGACGCGCUGAUCGAGAUGCUGAACGAUCUGAAGGACGACAUCUCCGACCACUUUGCGCAGACGAGGAAAGAGUGGACCGAAGAGGAAAGCGAACUGGUGAAAGCCAUCCAGGCCCUGGAGAACAAGAUCGCGGAGCUGAAGAAAAAGAUCGAGGACGACACGGAGGAGAUGGAGGCCUGCCGGUCCUCCGUGCUGAAGCUGGACCAGGAAAUGCACGCGCUGAAGGUGCAGAUCGAAACGGACACAAAGAUGCUGAAGGAGGCCACGGAGCGGAUGACCCAAGCGAAGAAAGAGUACGACGCGGACGAGAAAACCCGGCUGAAGGAGUUGCAGGUCGUGUCCACCACCACGGCGGCGUUCAACGAGAAGUUCGGCGCGGCCCCCACGCCCAAGCCCCCCGCCGUCACGGAAGAGGGCGAGCCGGAGGUCGUGAAGUGCACCUACGACCCGGAGGACCGCGUGGUUGACAUCCCGCGGGUCGCGAUGCCGAAGGGCAAGGCCAACGCCGCGGUCUUCCUGCAGCGGUCCACCAGGUUGUUGCAGCUGAAGAACGACGAGGACAGCACGAGUGACCGGUCGAACAUCAUGUCGCUCCUGUCCACCAAGGCAAAGGAACUGCACAGCACCGUGCUCAUCUCCGUGAUGAGCUCCGUGCGGAAGGACCCGCUCAAGAAAGUGCGCGUCAUAUCCUGAGGGAAAGCCGCUAUACCCGCACCCUAGGUAGCAUAUAGUUGAGAUGGAAUCAUCUCUGCGCAGCUUUUAGAAGAUUUGAUGUGCGUAUGAUAAGCUCCCUAAAUUUCCACAAUACAGCCGAUGUUGGUUUGUGUGCUAGGCGCGUGAUGAAAAAUUCACUUUGUAAAAGUGCUGAUCCACCGAGCACGACAGAAUCAGAAAGAGAUUGAGACUUCUGAUACAUACUAGCACCGCACAUCACCAGAGUGCGCCUCAUGAUUGUGCCGCUCGCCUCGCCCGAGAUGCGUCCGCAGCGCUGGCGAUGAUUUGCAUAAAACACAAAAACUUCGGGGCGGAUGUUGAUCGUUUUUCCUCAGGAUUUUUGAUGAUCGCGAACUUGAUCGAGCGCCUGAAGACGGAAGCGGCCAACGAGUUGAAGCGCAACACCUACUGCACGACGGAGGAAACCAAGCUGCAGGACACGAGGACGAAGAACAAAAAAGACAUUGUCAAGUACGAGACCGUAUCAAAUGUAAAAAUGUCUGGGUCUGGAAGAAUGCAACCUGUGAUGCGCAUUUCGGAACACACAAAAAUCUCUCAUGCAUAGGUAGCAAAAGCUCAAGCUGCGCACUUUCUCUCACCAAAGUGGGGGAUUUGGAUUUGUCAUGCGGGUUCGGCAUUGUGGAAGCUUCUCGAGACCUGUGAUGCUAGAGCUUCCAUGCGAGACCUUCCUUUCAUGCAGAAACAGCAUGACUCUUCCAGACCCAGACACUUUUGCGUUUGAUAGACCGGGUUGGAGGACGCGCAGGCCACGAUGGCGGAGAGCUACGCAAAGAUCGAGGAACUCGAGCAGAGCAUCCGUGACGCAAAGUCCGCGUGCACGAAGGCAAACUCGCAGUUUAUUCAUGACAUCCACCUGCACACCAACGCGAAGGACGUCGCCGAGCACGGGAAAGAGUCCCUGGCGGAGGUGAUCGGCAUGCUGAAGACCGAUUUCUACGGUAAGAUCGGCAAGCUACGCUGUUGUUUUGGAUAAGCGCUGAGACCACAUCGACAGAAGCGGCGAGACGCUGACAGCUUUUGCUCUCAUUUGCAUUUAUUAUUUUUCUGUUGCAGCCACACUAAUGCUGAUGAAGAUGAUAUUACACUUUUUGUUCAGUAAAAGGAGAACAAACGAUGCCAUAGAGAAUAUACUCUCCUCCAGGCGACAGCGCACAGGCCGACGUGCAGUCGGGGUAUACCGGAAACACCGGCGGCAUGGCUGGUAUUAUCGGCAUGAUGGAGGGGUUGCAGCAGGACUACUUGACCACCUUCAACACCGCACACGAAGAAAUUCUGCGGUUGGAAGCGGAGAAGGCCGACAUGGUAUCGGACUCCUCGCACACGAUCGACGACAAAAGGACGGAAGAGGAAGGAGUUGUCAGGUAUAGGUUAUUCAAGAAGAUAAAGUUCGUUGUAGUACUGAUCUACGUACUAGUGCUGAUCGCGACGAUCCAGAUGUGUUUAUAUGUCGGUGUAGAAGAGGACCCCCCUGUAAUACCACUGUCAGCACGACCAGUUGGGAAAAAUUAGUAGGAUAAGUCACAAAGCAGGCUGCACACUGCGUUCCGCUUUAUUCGUUUCGCAACGGAGGCGUUCCCUGCUUUCGAUGGGUGCUACAAAAUUAAAAAACGCACGAAAAAUCAGCGAAACCUUGGAACCGGCCAUCGCGAGUUUCCAGGCCAACGGGAAGGAUUUGUACGAAACGAUCCAAGAUUACUCCGGGCAGACCGAGCAGUUGAUCUUCUUGAAAUACGAGUCGGAGGCAUGUUAUGCAUUGCAACUACGUAGUCGGUGGGAUCCACCUCUGGGAAGAUGCAAUGGUUGUGUGACUAUAGCGCAUACUGCAAUUUUUUUCAUCACAACAAAGCUCGACUAGAAAUUUUGUCGUGCGGCUACUUUUGGCGGGCUCCGCGUGACAAAAUUUCUCAAUCUAAAUAGAAGUGCGGCUGCAGGCAAAGUGCGGCGCUGCACUUCUGUCUAUGGCUUGACAAAUUUAUUGAAGCACUCAGAAUUCGCAUGAUUUAAAAAUACGGAGCUGCUUUGAGGAACAAAACUUGAAACCCGUAAUCAUGGCAUGAGAAAUUGAUAAACCACGGUUGUAUGAUGCUUCCCGAGACGUUCCAGACAUAUUUGCAAUGUAUACGUGUGCGGACAAGCAGCUUUCCAAGGAGGAAGAGAUGGAAAACCUAGAGGCGGAGAUCGACGCGCUGAAGGAUGCGCUGUCCAUCCUGGAAAACCACAGCGCGUAAGAAUACUUCUUGGCGACGGUGGUACGAGGUUGCGUAGGGGCGUAAGAAUUGCUCUUAGGCUGCGUAGGGGCGAGGUAUCUCACAUUUUGAAUAAAAUUCGCGAGGUUUCACGCAGGACAGAUGCAAGGCUGAUAUCUUUUCAAUCUACAUGAAAAUACUACGUGUGAUGUAAAACUGUACUUGGGUAUUUCAGCAUUAUUUCGAAAAACUAGUUUUACUCGAUUGAUAUGUCGUCGCACGGCUGCAGCUAGAUUUUUUUUAGUUUUUUCUUGGACAAUAGCAAACUUUCUUGAACAAUAAUUACGCACAAAGAUUUAGUUUUUUCUUGAACAAUAGCAUCACUUUUCUUGAACAAAUAAUUACGCAGAGACAUUCCUCAUUUUUCAUUCAAGUCUUUCAAUAGCAGCAGAGAAGCAGAGCUAGCAUGCAGUCGUGCGCACCAUUCAUUAUUGCGGACUAAAGUUGUGGAUUGAAGGGAUUGUGUCCUGCCAGCAUGCACGAAAAGAUGAACAAGAUGAAUUUUGUUUCAAAAUGAACAUCCAUCCAGAAGGGGUUUAAAAACGCGAGUUUCGAUCGGCAAAGAACAGCACUGCGCCGGGAAGGUGCAGUUGCGUGGAUCGCAUUGGUUCGCACAUGAAGUGCUCGGCGAUAUCUUCUCCAGCGCAUGUUUUCUCACAGUCAGUGCGUCGACCCAUCAAUGCC